UACUGAAUAAUAUUUAGAUUGACAAACUCUUAAUCUGAUGAGUCUUUUCAAAAUUAAUAAAGUCAAUUCAAUCUCAUUAUGCAGCUUUCUCUUCCUUUUUUUUCUUGGCCAUGCAGCCUCCCAUUCAAUGCAGAAGCAAGAGCAAUCCGUGCUCCUGAUGUUAAAGCAGCAGUGGGGAAACCUUCCUUAUAUGAAUCAAUGGAACCCAUCAACCAACUCUACUUCUCACUGUUCUUGGCCUGGUAUUAAUUGCACGUCCAACUCAGUCACCGGGCUGAAACUCCAUAACGUAAGCAUCACCAGACCGGUUCCUUCUUUUAUAUGUGAUCUCAAAAACCUCAAAGUCAUUGAUCUUGGGCACAACAACAUUCCUGGGGAGUUUCCAACAGCUCUGUUCAACUGUUCAAAGCUUGAAGACUUGGACCUCUCUGACAACUACUUCGCAGGAACCAUUCCCAGCGACAUCAACAAAAUGGUUCAGCUCCGGAAUCUUUCUCUCGGUGGUAAUAAAUUCACCGGCAACAUCCCAGCUGUCAUCGGACAGCUUCAAGAGCUGAGAAGACUCGAACUAGGGGCCAACCAAUUCAAUGGUUCUUUACCGCCAGAAUUAGGUAACUUGUUUAAUCUUGAAA